AUGUUCAAUCCUACGCAGCCAAUGAUGGCGCGCUUGCGCUUGACCACCAAGCAAGUCAAUGGUGGCUACUACAAGGGAAACCGGACCGGCUCCAUGGGUCACUUCGACAAGAGAGGCACGUACAGGCCUGAUGCGACAAAGCACCGUGUCUAUAUUUCUCCAGAGAAACUCGAAGUGCCUGGAAAGAUCUAUUCUACGAAGAACUCCAAGGAACCAUUUGAGCUCGCUCCCUUCAUCACAAAACACAUGCGCAAGACACCAUCAAACUACGUUCAAGACAUUGAGAGAAACGGCCGGAAGUUCUCUGUGAUCAGAGGAUUCGAAGGUGCCGACUAUUUGGAGAAGUGGGCCGAGACCGCUGAAGCCGAAGAGGUCCGACUAGCACAAUCUCAAGCCAAGCUGAAUGAGGAUAAAGAGGUUGUUUCAAAGCGUAAGCCGAAGCACAGAGAACAGGCAGAUGAAGUGGCUCGCAGCACAGAAGGGGAUGCACCGAUCACUGAUAAAGCAUGA